AUGGCAGCCAAUGAGAAGAAGAAAUAUUUCGAUAUGGAAAAUCUUCUGACCCGAAGUUUAUAUCGGGUUUUGAAUCAGACAGUGAGUUUUUGCCACGUGGAUUUGGAUUUCCAAAAAUAAAUCAAUAAAUAAUUUUUUUUUUAGAAUCGAGUUCCUGAACACAUUCAUCAUCCCCAAAACCACCAACUUCCCUCAUUUUCCAUCGAAAAAUCGGCGAAAAAUGUGAAUUUCGGAGUGGCGAGACCGAAUAAUCAUCGAAUUGGCGUACAAUCGCCCGAUCUACAGAUGCAGAUGAGAUUGUUGGCACAGGAGGUGAGGAGAAAAAUACGAUGCUCCGCGUUUACACGGUCAAAAUUCAUGAAUUUUCGCCCCGUCAACGCGGAGCAUUGUAAAAUUUUCGAUUUUUUGCAGAUUUGCAGUCGGAUGGAACGAAAAUACGAGAAGAAAUUGGAGGAUAUUCGAGACAAAGAUCGGAGGGAAACCGACAGAAGAUUGGGAGCGAUUCGAGCCGAAUUUGAAGCAAAAUAUCAUGUGCAAUUGUCUAGGGUGAGUUUGCCACGUGGCAUAAUUUUUUUCGCGCAAAAAAUUGCGGCAUUUUGAUAUCAAACACUAAAUAUAGCGUAAAUGCGGAGUGUCGUACUCAAUUUUCUGUUCUUCAGCUCGAAAAAGAGAAGCAACGACAAGACGAAGAGUUCGCCGAACGUCUGGAAAAUCAGCGAAUUCGCGCCGAUCUGUGCAACUCGCAAAAAGACGCGGAUUUCGACGCGCGACGUCGCGUCUUGGACAAUUUACAAGCGGAACUCGCGUUGAAUCGCACGAAUUUCGAGAAAAUCAAAGAGGAAUUCGGAAGGAAGAUGGAUCUGGAGCGAGAGAAUUUGCGAUUGGAGCGAGAGCGAGUGGAAAUGCAGCGAGAACCGGCAAUGUCGCGCGUCGCCGAGUUGCAGCGAGAGAAUCGCGAACUUCGCGCGAAAAUUGAGGGAUUAUUGGAGUAUCAGCAAGAAUUGCAAAGGGAAAAGGAGAAGACGAGGAUUUUGGUGGGUGUUUUUGAUAUUUGCAAAAAAAUCCUCUUCAAAAAACUGUGCCCUGAAUUGCAAAAAGGGGCGUGGUCUAAUUGUUGAAAGAAAAACAUUACUGCAAUUUCGCGGCACAGUUUUUUUUCGCGCUUAAGAAUUUUUAAUUUGAAUUAUCUCCCUAAAAAUUGGGCCCUGAAUUGCAGAAUACAAGUUUUCUGCAAUUUUGCGGCACAGUUUUCCUUCUCCAAUUAAUUUCCUCUGUUCCCUUUCAGACACAAAAUCUUCGCGAAUCCGAAAAACGCCGUGAAAUUCAACACGCCGAACUGAAAUCUCUACAGAAAUUGGCAUUUUCGCGAGAAAAAUCGCGAAAACCUCAAAAAAUCGCAAUUCGUCAAGCUUCUUCCUCAUCGGAUUCGGAAUUGUCUGAAGGCGAAUUGGAGAUUCUGAACAUUCGGCAGCGAAUUCAGAAUUUGGAUGAGAUUGCGCGCGAUUUGGACGCGACUAUUGAGCAUUUUGGCGGUGGCGAGUCGCGAGGUUUCGAGGAGCAAAUCGGAAAAUACGAUGAUUUUUGCCGAGCCCUGUCAAAUUCCCACGAAUCUUCCACACACGAUUCCCCGAAAACCUCAUCGCCGCAGAAAAAAAUCGAACCGCGACGAAAAUUGGAUUUUUCCCAGCCAGAAAUUUCAGUUGCAGAGCCCAAAAAUGAGUCAAAAAUUGAGCAUUUUGAGCCGGAAAAGCUUGAAAAACCGGCCGAAAAAGUUGAGGAACCCAAAUCGGAGAUUUUUCAAGGAGUUGAUCCUGUUAUGGCUGAAUAUAUGAAGAAAAUUAUGGCAAGAAAUCAGAAAAAAAGUGAGAAAAUUUAAAAAUAUAUAUAUAAUUUUUCAUUUUUUGCAGACCGAAAUUCGAGAAAUUCCCCAAAAAGUCGAAAUUAUGCUGGCUGA